GGAAGCGGCCGCCUUGUCUGCUCCACAUGUGCUGGGAGUUCUGUAACCAACAGCUACUUUGGGCUUCGCCUGGCAGCUGCCUCCCUGCGCCUGUGGGGCUGAGCCUUCUCCCCCCCAUUUCUCUCUCUUUUUGGGGGGUGGGGGGGCCUGGUAUCUCCUCUGUCCAGCCCUAGUGGGGCUUCCCCUCCCCAUACAAGCCAGGGGUCUCCCUGCCCCACUUUUUCAGUGGGGCUCCUUUCCCCCUCUAACUUUAUUUUUUUUAUUUUCCCCCUCCCUCGGGUAUAUAUAUAUCUAUAUAUCUAUAUAUCUAUAUACAUAUCCUUCGCCUCCCAGCGCAAUGGCAACGGAGGAGCUGGAGAAGAUACUGUCAAAUUUGCUGCAGCCUGACAAUGCAGUCAUCCAACAGGCUACAGCCCAGUUGAAAGAGGCCCUGAAGCAUCCUUUGGCAGUGUCCCACCUCUGUCAGGUGAUGUCCAGCUCUCAGAAUCCGCAGAUCCGGCAGUUUGCCGCCGUGUUGGUGAGAAGGCGCCUAACCAAACACUGGCGGAAGAUCAGUGCGUCCGACCAAGACAUGUUAAAGACGCUGGUGCUGUCCACCCUGCAGAAGGAAACAGACCAUAAGGUCUCUCUAGGUCUGGCCCAGCUGGCUGCCGUCAUUCUGAAGAACGAGAGGCUGGAGAAAUGGCCGCAGAUGCUCCAGCUCAUUCAGCGGGGGGCGCGCUCGCAGGACCCCACCCAGUGCGAGGUGGGAUUGCUGCUUCUGCAUUCUGCCCUGGAACUGGAUCCCGAGGUGUUCGCUCCGCACUUCAAGGAACUCCUGCGCCUCUUUCACCAGACACUCAACCAGCGCACCCAGCCAGCCACCCUUUACUACUCCCUGCGAAGCCUCAGCACCAUGGUUCCUGUGCUGGGCUCCGACGAGAUGAAUCUGAUGUCUUCCAUGAUGCCCAAGGUGAUUGCAGCCAUCCGGGAACUGAUCUCUGUUAAUGAGACCCACGCUGGCGAAGUGAUGGAGGUUUUUGACGAGCUCAUGGAGACCGAAGUGUCCAUCAUCGUGCAGCAUCUCUCGGCGGUCGUUGGCUUCUGCCUGGAGGUGGCCUCCAACCCAUCACUGGGCGACAACCUCCGGGUGAAGGCUUUGUCCUGCAUCAGCUUCCUCAUCAAACUCAAGGGCAAGGCUAUCCUGAAGCACAAGCUCCUCACUCCCAUCCUGAAUGCCCUCUUCCCCAUCAUGAGUGCGGAGCCGCCGCCGGGCCAGAUGGACGCGGAGGACGAGCAGACGGAGGAAGACAUCGAGGACAGGGCCGAAGUCCAGACUCCCAAGCACUUUGCAGCCCAGGUGGUAGACAUGCUGGCACUGCACCUUCCCCCGGAGAAGCUGUUCCCCCAGCUGACGCCUCUGAUGGAGCCGGCACUUCUGAGCACGAACCCUUACCACCGCAAAGCUGGCCUCAUGUGCUUGGCGGUCCUGGCCGAAGGCUGCGGGGACCACAUCAGACACAAGCACCUCCAGCCCAUGCUACAAGUGGUGUGCCGGGCGCUGUCGGACGAGAGCCAGGUGGUGCGUAACGCGGCCCUUUUUGCCCUGGGCCAGUUCUCUGAGAACCUGCAGCCUGACAUCGCCCGCUACUCCGAUGACAUCAUGCCUCUGCUUCUGCGCUACUUGGAAGGCGUCCAGUUGGCUCACACGAGUCACAUGGCCAAAGCUUACUACGCCCUGGAGAACUUUGUGGAGAACCUGGAAGGCAAGAUCUCCCCCUACCUCCCGGCCCUGAUGGAGCGGAUGCUGGCCACCUUGAGCUCCCCCGGCAGCCCCCGCGUCAAGGAGCUGGCGGUUAGCGCCAUUGGGGCCAUAGCCCAGGCCGCCCGGGGAUCCCUCUUGCCAUACUUCCAAGCGAUCAUGGAUCACCUGACAGCGUACCUGCUCACCACCCGGGAGGAUCUCAGGCCGGUCCAGAUCCAGUCUGUGGAGACUCUGGCCGUCCUCGCCAGCGUCAUGGACAGGGAGGUCUUUCUGCCGCUGGCCAACAAAUGCUGCCAGCUCGGGCUGGAGCUGUGCGACAAAGUGGACGAUCCGGACUUGAGGCGGUGCACGUACAGCCUUUUUGGUUCUCUCGCGACCGUCCUGGAGGACGCCAUUGAGCCGUACCUGCCUCGCAUCACCACUCUUAUGAUCUAUUCUCUCAAAUCCACAGAGGGCGUUGAGUCUCACGGUGGAACUGGAAACUCCUUCCUCCUGUUUGAUGAUGAGGAAGAGGAUGAGGCGGAGGUGGAAGGAGAGGAGAGCCUGGACGAAGACGAAGACGACAUCUCUGAGCUUUCGGGGUUGAACGUGGAAAGCGCCUUCAUGGAUGAAAAGGACGACGCCUGUGUGGCUCUGGGAGAGAUUGCCACUGGAGCCAGCGUGGUCUUCCUGCCUUUCUUGGAGAAAUGCUUCCAGGAAGUCUUUGUGCUCUUGGAGCAUCCCAACAUCAACGUCCGGAAAUCUGCUUUCAACACCCUGGGACAUUUCUGCAUCUCCUUACACCGGGUUUGCGAGCGGGAUCCGUCCGAACCUCACAGCGCCGCUCGCCUCCAGCUGCUGUGCACCGUGCUGCCCGCUUACAUCAAAGGGAUCCGGGAAGACAAGGAGCGCCAGGUGGUGAUGGAGAUUUUGGAGAGCCUGGCGAGGGUGCUGAAAACCUGCCGGCAAGAGGCCCUCCGUGCACCCGGGCAGCUGACGGACCUGUGCCAGGUCAUCCGGGAGAUCCUGGAGAAAAAAACAGUCUGUCAGGACCCCAGCCUGGAUGAAGACGAGGAUGAAGAUUGUGAUGAGGUGGCGGAGUAUGACUCCAUGCUGAUCGAGUAUGCCGGUGAGGUGAUCCCGGCUCUGGCCGAAGCGGCUGGCGGAGAAGCCUUCGCUCCGUACUUCGCCGGCUUCCUGCCACUGCUCCUGAAUAAGAUGAAGCCCAGCUGUUCCUCCACAGACAGGUCCUUCGCGGUGGGCACCAUGGCGGAGGCAGUGCAGGGCCUGGGCCGCGCCUCGAGCGCCUUCGUGCCGCGCCUCCUGCCGGUGCUGAUGGGGGCGGCGCGCGACGCCAACCGGGAGGUGCGCAGCAACGCCGUCUUCGGGCUGGGCGUGCUGGCGGAGCAUGGCGGGGAAGCCAUGCAUGAACACUACCCCAAAGUCCUGGGGCUUUUGUCCAACAUAAUCUCUCAGGAGCGUAACAACCGGGUGGCCGACAAUGUAUGCGGGGCCGUCGCAAGGAUGGUGAUGGCCAAUCCUGGACGGGUCCCCAUCGGACAGAUUUUCCCCGUCCUGAUCCACAAUCUCCCCCUGAAGGACGACUUGGAGGAAUACAAAACGGUUUUCUGUUGCAUCAACUUUAUAUAUGAGCACGAUCCCCGGCAGGUCCUGCAGCAGAUUGGCGAACUUGUGCGAGUCAGCGGCAGCGUCCUGGCCAAGGAGAACAUCCCCUCAGAAGGCCGCAACUCCCUGGUCUCCCUGCUGCGCAAUCUCUCCGCCCGAUGCCCGUCCGAGUUCCAGGCGGUGGUGCGCUCGCUGCCUUCGGAAGCCGCUUCCUUGGUCAACGCGGCGGUCAGCUCUGUUUGAGGAGGGGCCACGCUCCCAACUUUGUGAAAGCGGAAGGGGACUUUGCUUGAGGCGACCCCCCCACCUCCCACCGGACACCCUUCUUGGCUCUGUAUGGACUAACCCUUCCAAGUUUUUGCGGCCAACCUGCCCUCCACCCGUUGACACCAGGCGACUCUCCCUGCGGUUUCAUUUCCCCGUUUCCCUUCAGGCUUCUCUCGCCUCACCGUCGUGCCCCCUACCUGUGACGGCUGUUCGUUUUUUGCCACACACGUCCCUUGGUGCUGAGGGGGGGUCUUGGGGGGCGGGCAGUCAGCCUUUUUUCACACCGCAUCAGCAGGGGCAUGAAGUAUGUAGCACCCCAACUCCCCCAAACCUGUUUUAUUCCUAGUCCUUUCCCCAAGGGAGGCUCUCUGCCUAACACCUUCAGGGACUGCAGCAGUUGCUCCAUCCAUCCGUUGGGGGCCUCAAAGUCCCUGCCGCCAAAUUUUUGCCUUUUUUUGCUGCCCAGUUACGACGCCCUCAACCAGCAUGCUUCAUUUGCCAAGGGGCAACCGUCGUAGCCAGUUUUGCGCCGAGACAAGAGCCCAGCAGGAUUGGGGGGGGGGCGGCUGUGUUUUACAGGAGCCCCUUUUAGUAGGGCAGCAAGGAGGAAAGGAUAUUGGUGCAGUUGGGGGCGCUAGUCCACAUGGUUUUCCCUUCUUCCUCGAGAUGGACUUUGGAGGGCUGAGGAGUGCUUUCAGCGGCACUCAAGAACACCAGCAGUGUGGCAUGUCAUAAGCAUGUAAACUGCCAAAAAACCUCAUUCCUCAACCAUUACAGGAAGAGGGAAUGUGAGCUUGAGUUUGGCCUGUCCCUGUUGCUAUAACCUCCCACCACCAGGAAGUGUGUAUUUUAUCUUUCUUUGAAAUCUAAGCAAAAAUGAGGGCAGUGCGGGGAGGGAGUUUUAGUCAUUGAGAGACCCACUUUCUGUUUGAUCUCCAAGCCAAAGAUUUCAGGUCGGGUCACACUUGAAAGUUCAGCAGUAUUAAGUUUUCCUCAGAUAUAUGCUGAUGCGAGUCCUGCCAUUAAUGGAAGCCAAGGCGCAGCCCCUUCCGAUUAUUUUCUUCCUCCUCCCGCGCAGUUUCUCAUCUCUUUCCAACGGUUGUCGAGGGGGGUGGCUGUUUUUUGGAGCCAAAUUUGUCCUGCCUCCCUUUCCCUGUUGGGAGCGAUUCUCAGCGCUUUUAAGUGCCACCUCCCUCCCGUUCUUUGCGGGGGGCUUAUUCCAAAUGAAUUUUGUUUGCCAAAGUUCGUGUUUCCCCCAAACAGUCUCUGAGAGGAUUUUGUGAUAAUUUAUUUUCGCAAGGCUGCUGUAGGUUUUCACCCGGGCUCCUGCACCCAUCGAACCAGCUGUUUCCCCUUCUAGUUUGUAUUUAAGAUUAUAUAACCACCUGGGUUUUGGUAUUUUUCUGGAACGAAGAGAUUAUAUUGUGUUAUGUUAUAAUAAAAAAAACACGUUGAAACUAA